AUCGGCGCUGACCUGAAUGUGGAGGUCAUCGUCGACGGCGCAGAUGAACUCCAGUCUGGAGGUCGCCGCCGUGAAUUUGAACCCAAAAGUCGUUGCCGUGGACUUGGACCUCGUCACGUCCCUGCCAAAAUUUGUCUAUUCAUCCUCUCCAAAGAGCCAUAAGGUCAUCUAAAAAUAUCCUGAAGCUUUUUUGAAAUUCGCAAGUCUGAACGAGGAACUUUGUCGGAGAAUUACGUAACAGGAGAAAUUUGUUGUUUGGUUUUGUACAGAAGUUAAACUGUUACUCUUCCUUUUAAUCUCUGGUCCCCACCAGGGGCUUCCAUUGUCCGAUUUUAUGCUUGAAGGGGAAAGGUAUGUGAUGGUGUGUAACAAGUUUCGUUGCAUCUUUUUGCAAGACUGAGCAUCAGUAUUAAUUUCGUCUAUGGGAACUACAACACUCACAAUGUCUCAAAAAUUGUGCUCAUUUUUUUUAUUAAUGAGUUUAUAUUUGAAAAAUUCAAAAUCAGAAUCUUACACUGGACACAGUCUAGUUUCACUCCAAAGCGAAGAUUUCGCCACUGUUGAAACAAUAACGAAAAAUUUGCGUAAAAGGCCAAACUCAGCUCAAGAGGAGACAGAUGAAAUUUUCAAACAACUGAAACUAGAACUGAGUGCCAGCAACACCGAACGUAUUUUGACAGCUAAGGAAGAAAAAGAAGAAUCUGCGAAAAUUUUUGACGAACUUUUUGAGGAAACCAGCAGUCCCAAACCAGUCGGACGAGGUAACCAAGAGUCGGAAGCGAUUCACCGAAUAACAGACACCAUUGCCAAAUUCGUAUUUCGAGGAAGAAAAAGCGGUUCCGAUAACUCGAACAUUUUGAGCCUUAUAUCCAAUGUAUUUAACUACAGAAACAGAUAGUUGUAGAAAAACAAACAAAUAAAUAUUUUUUAUUUUGCGUUUAAAAAUUUAUUGACACGACUGUGUAUAUUUUUUAAUGAAU